AUGUUCAAACGUCUCGCACUUGGCCUGUUGGCCAUCCAGUCUGUGGCUGCCACACGCUUUGCGAUGUACAUUGACGAAUACCAUGUAGCCGCACUCCCAGGCAAGGAUAAGACCGAGGGCAUCGAUUACGCCAUCAUGAGCUUCGCAGCCUCAAAGCUAUUCAACUCGGACUCGCCUGCAGCCUACAAGCCAUUCGAGUCCCCCGAGACCAUGCGCAAUCGCUUCGGCCCAGAUACCAAGCUAAUGGUUGCCAUUGGUGGCUGGGGUGACACUGCUGGCUUCUCGGAGGGAGCAAAGGACGAGGCUUCGCGCACGCGAUAUGCCAAGAAUGUCGCUGCGAUGCUGGAUGCACAUGGAUUCGACGGUGUCGAUAUUGACUGGGAAUAUCCCGGCGGCAACGGCCAAGACUACAAAGACGUCCCUAAUUCAAAGAAAGUGGGCGAGAUCGAAACUUAUCCUCUCUUCCUCGCAGCUCUCCGUAAAGCAAUCGGAGACAAGGUCCUCUCUAUUGCGGUACCCGGUCGGAAGCAGGACUUCAUUGCUUUUACCAAGGAACAGGGUCCUAAGAUCUUCAAAUCUGUCGAUAUGGUCAAUGUCAUGAGUUACGAUCUGACCAACCGUCGCGAUAACGUUACCAACCAUGCUAGCGGCGUGCAGGGAUCUCUGGACACUAUCAAUGAGUAUCUUGCAAUUGGGGCAGAUCCCGAGAAACUCAACCUCGGUUUUGCGUACUACGCCAAAUGGUUUACCACCGACCCCAACUCCGAUUGUGAUGAAAAUCCCCUCGGCUGCCAGCUUGCCAAGCUCGAGAACGACAAUGGAACGGACAAUGGCAAGUCUGGUGCUUUGACUUUUGAGGCUGGCACUAUGGCUGCUGCACCUAAGGAUCUCAAGGAAGGCACUACCGGAGUGUGUGGAUUUGCAGCGAAAGCCAAGUGCCCGUCAGGACAGUGCUGCAGUGCUUCCGGCUACUGUGGUACGACCGAUGAGUUCUGCCAGGGCGGUUGUCUCUCUGACUACGGUACCUGCAAGGGGGUCUCAAUUAUCGACUCAUGGCGCAAAGCCCAGAAGGAUGGCAAGACUGAUGCCAAGGGCGGUGGUCAGUACUACUUCGAUAGCCACAACAACAUCUUCUGGACUUGGGAUACACCUGAGUUGAUUGCCCGCAAGUUCAAGGAAAUCGUCGCAGCGAAGAAACUAGGUGGUGUUAUGGCUUGGAGCUUGGGCGAGGAUACAUACAAGUUUGAGCACUUGGCCGCUAUGCAGAAGGGUCUUAAGUCUCAUCCUCCCAAGGUUGAUGCGCCUCCUCCCAAGGCUGAGACAAACUGA